GUUUUGCACACUCUUUGUGCCUAAACAAAGUUACAAAACUACUAUGCUACAGGGACGAAUGUCUCUUCUUGCUUACGUGAUCCACAGGAAGUCGCCGUUUGUUUUUCAGGAAAUUUCGGAUCAUUUGGAAGGAUAAUCCGAUAUGGUUUUGACGGAAAUCUUGACUUCCUUCGACUGGGAGCAGGAAUCAUACCCAGCGUACGAGGAUUUUGCUAUGCUCCCCUUCUUUGCUCUGUUUUUCCCCUCUGUUCGAUUUUUCCUCGAUAGAUUCAUCUUCGAGAAAGUGGCAAAUGGAUGGAUUUUCAGAAAGGGACAUGAGAUGCUGGAUGCUGAGGCGAGUGAGAGAAAAAAGAAGAUAAGAAAAUUUAAGGAGUCAGCCUGGAAAUGUAUUUACUAUCUUUCAGCAGAGCUUCUCGCUUUAUAUGUAACUUAUGAUGAACCUUGGUUUACUACCACAAGAUACUUUUGGGUAGGUCCGGGAGAUCAGGUUUGGCCUGACCAAAGAAUUAAGUUGAAAUUGAAGGGAUUGUAUAUGUUUGCUGCUGGAUUUUACACGUACUCCAUAUUUGCUUUGAUUUUCUGGGAAACAAGGCGUUCUGACUUUGGAGUGUCUAUGGGCCAUCAUUUUGCAACCCUCAUUCUCAUUGUGCUAUCUUACAUUUUUAGGUUUUCCCGUGUUGGUUCGGUUGUUUUGGCUCUUCAUGAUGCUAGUGAUGUAUUUCUGGAGUUAGGGAAGAUGUCCAAAUAUAGUGGUGCUGAAAGGAUAGCUAGCUUUGCGUUUAUUCUAUUUGUUUUGUCCUGGAUAUUACUGCGCCUCAUAUACUAUCCAUUCUGGGUCCUAUGGAGUACAAGCUACGAAGUUCUCCUGACUUUGGACCAGGAAAAACAUCCAGGGGAUGGACCAAUUUAUUAUUAUGUGUUUAAUACUCUUCUAUUCUGCUUGCUUGUUCUUCAUAUUUAUUGGUGGGUGUUGAUGUACCGGAUGCUUGUUAAGCAAAUCCAAGCAAGAGGCCAGCUCGGUGAUGAUGUUCGAUCUGAUUCUGAAGGGGAAGAUGAACAUGAAGAUUGAGCAAAAACCAAAAUCUAAGGACGCCAUGUGGUGAUCAUUGGGAGGGCAUGGUAUUACUUCAGUAGGGGUGGUUAUAUGUGCGUCAUAUAUUUAAGAUUUUAGUUCCCAUCUUACUUAUAUUGCGAAAGAUUCUUCCUGCCAUUUAUCCUGCAGAUAACUACAGCUUUAGCUUUGAAAGGGUUGUAUAUCUAAGCAGGUUAGAGGGUAGCAAUUGGUGAAAAAUCUCAUUCUUUUAUCUGAGACUCUGGCCCAUGCAACUUGACACCUUAAGUUCAAGUUCACUGGCUUAGAAAUGAUGUACUAUACAGAAUUUUAACAGUACCUUGAGAUUAUCAUACUUUGUACUGAAAAGACUUGAUCCUGCUGGCAGUUUAAGAAAUUCAAUUAAGGCCUCCAAUCUUUUUUCGA